AUGUCGCAUCCGAAGUUUCAUUCCCGAUCCUUCCAUGGCAAUCCCACAGAGUCGAACUCGCUGGAUGCCAGUGCCUCAGCUUGUAGCUAUGAGACCGACAAUGCCUGCUGGAUCUCUGUGCUAUCGUGCUUUCGAACACGAGAGAAUGAAACUCUCGGACAGUCAGGGAUGCAACUCUACGGCUUGGUGAAGAAUGGGACAUCUAAAGAUAUUCUCAGGAACUUAACUCUGUCGAUCUGGUUCAUGAGCUCCAAAGUUCGCAUUCUAUCGUCGAAUACACCACGCUUGCGAUUACUCGAGCAGGCAGUCGAGAGCAAGCAUGAAGAAGUCCUUCAACUGCGUAACGAAGCUGAUAGUUUGCGUCAAAGACAUUCUAGUAGGAAGCGCAACACCGAUGCGGCACAAUCUGACCUGGCUCACCUGAAAGCUGAACACUCGCAUCAUCUUUCCGGUGUGGACGACGCGUCAAUAUCUAUCAUCAAGCUACGGACGCAGCUUCUAGCGUCUCUUGGUUGUGGCUUGGCGGAUCAAGGAUGUAUAGAGGCUAUUACAGCGGAGAAGACGGAGGAAUUCUGGUCCUACUUGGAAAGAGUUAAAUCUUCCCCUCCGAGUACUGCUGCUGUCUCUCGCGCGUGCACAGAAGAUUCGAAGUCAAUGCCAUCCAUCCCAUCCCAUCCACCUGAGCCAGAUGAUAUCACUGCAUCGGAAUUGACAGCGCUACUCGUGAGACAGUGUAUGGACCUCUAUGAAAAGGCAGAAAAGCUUCCAAGCUCUACAGGCCUUCCCGGUCAAUGCAGGCGGCUAUGUGAUAUAGCGCGUACCUUACAGUAG